AUGGCACCCAACGUGGAUCCAGCAAUCAUCAAAGCUCUCCAUUUAGAUCCAGAGCAGACCAAGAUUGCGUCGCAUGGUGCUUCUGGCUUUGCGUCAUCGUUCAAACUCACAUCCGUCGUCGAUGGCCAGCCCACUAACUUCUUCGUGAAGACGGGCUCAGGGAAAGAUGCAGAGGUCAUGUUCAGAGGCGAGCAUGAAUCGCUCAACGCCAUCCACAAUGCCGUCCCGAACUUUUGCCCAAAGUCAUACGCCCAUGGAGAAUACCAGGCUUCGCCGGGCAAGUGGUUCAUGGCCACAGAUUUCCUAGACUUGGGAUCAUCCGCCCUAGGUGGCUCCGGUCUGUCCCUGGCAGCGAAGCUCGCCAAGAUGCACACGACUCCAGCGCCCGUCCCGGAGGGCUUUGAUAAGCCCAUGUACGGCUUCCCGGAGACGACGUGCUGCGGCUCGACACCGCAGGACAACUCGUGGAAGGAAUCCUGGGCCGACUUCUACGCCGAGAACAGGCUGCGCAGCAUCCUUCGCGCUGGGAUCAAGAACAAUGGCUCCGAUGGGGAGCUGUCCAAGGCCGUGGAAACGGUCGCCAGCAGAGUCGUCCCGCGGCUGAUCAGCGACAACCACGUCAAGGGCAUGAAGCCGGUGGUGGUCCACGGGGAUCUCUGGAGCGGGAACCACAGCCGGGGCCAGAUCGGCGGCAAGGGUGGUGCCGAGGAGGUGGUGUACGACUCAUCUGCCGUGUACGGGCAUUCCGAGUACGAGCUGGGCAUCAUGAAGAUGUUUGGCGGGUUCGGGAGCACGUUCUGGAACGAGUACAACAAGCUGGUCCCCAAGGCUGAGCCGAAAGAGGAGUGGGAGGAUCGGGUCGCGCUUUAUGAGCUAUAUCACCACCUCAACCAUUACGCGAUAUUUGGUGGUGGAUACCGCAGCGGCGCGAUGGGGAUUAUGAAGAAGCUGAUUUCAAAGUACGGUUGA